AUGGCACGCGCCCCGCCGCGUCCCGCCGCGGUCCCCUCCACGCCUCCCGCGCCCACCCCGCCCCGCCUCGCCGCGCCGCGCCUCUCGCUGCGGCCGCUCGGAGGGACACCCCCCCUCCCCUUCCUCCUCCUCCUCCUCCUCCUCCUGCUUCGCCGAGGAGCCGCCGCUCCUUUCCUGCCGCAGCCCGUGCAGCGGCGGCGCUGGGCGGACCCCGCGGCGCGUAGCGGGCCCCCUCCUCCCGCCGCCGCCACCCCCCCCCCCCCCACGACCCUCCGGGGGUGGGGGGGACACCGGGGCCGCCCCCGCACCUCCGCCGGCAGCCGCGGCCCCGGGAAGUCCCCUGCGCGGCUGCUACCUGCGCCGGCCGCGCUGAACCGCGGUGCUUUCAGCCCGCGUUGGGUGUCCGGUAGCUCGGGGAGGGGGGGGGGGGGACCGGAGAGAUGCGCCAAAGACGAGCUGCAGCCCGAAGCGGGUGCGACCAGUCUAGGCGCAGGUUGGAAAAUCGGGAGCUGGGAAAAUGACACGGGUCGGGAAUCUAGUUUUGGAAAUAGCCGUCUUUGCUACCGCUCUCGAGAAACUGUGUGUGCAAAGUGCUGGGCGCACCUGUGGCGGUGGGGAAGAAAUUUCGGGCCAUGGGCAAAGGGCCAACCAGGAGAACUUAAGAAGAAGCAUUUAAGGAGUCCUAGAAUGCCAAGUCCUGCUCAGAUGAACUUCCUGGCAAACAGAAGCGUGACCAGAGAUUCACUUGAAACAUGAAAUAUUUUCUAAUUUUAAUAAUUUAUUUACAGUUAAAUUCCUGCUUUAGUUAUUUGAUUAAAUCAUAGAAGCGAAGGAGAAAUUUUCUUAGAUAAGGGAAGUAAGAAAAUUACGAUAUGUGACUAUUUUCUUUGUAUUUUUAUUUCUGUGCGUCAAAAGUCUUAAAGAUUUUUAGUAGGUCUGUCCCCGUAUGCAUACACCAUGACCUUACAACAGUACUUGAGAGGGAAAUUCUAUCCUGUCACUGAGUGUGUGUUAAAAAGGAAUGUAAAUAAAUUCAGGAAGAUAGUCCUAAAAUGGUAUUAGCCUGAAUGAAUAUGAACAGUAUAAAAAGGAAUCAGAGGUUAGAGAUACAGGUGAUUCAUUGAACUACAGGUUUAUAUUACAUUUAGAUCGUGUUCCCAAGCACAAAACAGCAGCAGCACCUGCUUAGCAUCACAGGACAUUACACAGCAAUUAAGUGACGAGAAUGUGUUAUACAAUAAUAGGAAAUAUGGGGAGGCAGAAUGUAAAUAAGUCAAUUUGAAUUUUGUCAGGGUUUCAGAAUUGUGUGUUAGUAUUGGAACAGAGCCAUGGAAACUUUAAUAACCACAAACAGGUUUUGGUCAGCGCUUUUGUUUUAUUUCUUAUCCAGAAGUUGGCACUCUAUCAGGCCUCUAAUUCCUUGAACCUUGACCCUUUAUUGACAGUAGUGAAACAAUGAAUCAUUCACCCCAUUUCCUCCAGCGUCUCGGUAUCCCAACACUGUUACCCCAUCAUGACUGUAUCUCAUUCUCCUCGUCACAUCAGCAUAGCACCAUGUUAUGUCAGUAAGCCUUUGCAACGGAAUGAUUAAAAAAACAAGCCUAGAAGAAAUUUGGCCUAGAAAAAGGAUAGGCAAAGUAACUGCGAGAAAAACAAUGCAGAGGAGGUUUCCACUGGGACACUUGGAAUUCUGUGAAAAGACAUUAUUUGAAAGGUGAUAGAGGAAAAAAACAGAAUGGAUAAAAAUAUGCAGUACAACAUUCAUGUAGAAAGGACCCAAUAAUUUUUAGCUUCACACAUAGUGAAUUAAUAUGUUAGUAUUAGAGGUGGGAUAGUCCUGGUCCAUAAAGAGCUCUCAUAUGGCCCUGACAAUAUCAAACCAAAGAAAAUAAAACAGUAACAGUAAAAGCAAAGUUGUUCAGAAUUGUUACCAAUCACUAGAAUUAAUUGCAUAAAACCAAGUGCAGAAACAGACUCUCAGCAAAACGGUCCUGAACCUAUUUAACAGACUGAGUAAUCUUUUAAGGCAAUGUGGAAACUGAGUCAUUCAGAACUGGAGUAAUCAGAGCAGGAAUUCUGUGCCAUAGGGAACAACAUUGUGUUAGAAAGAACUGACAAAACAGGAUUUCCAUUUCUGCUAUUCUGCAUCAGCACAAGCAGAAACACCUCCGUGUUAUUUUUAUGUUAAGAAAUUAUGAUGUAAGAAACCCUCAAAUAUCAUUGCAUUGUUUUCCCUCCACUUACAUUUUGCAUCAUAUUCACAGUUAUAAUUAUAGUAUUGUAUCUGAAAUCCAAAUGGGUUUGAACACUUCUGUCCUUGCAGGGUGACAGGUUCCCAAAAAGUUGCAUUGAACUUUUCACUGAAAUAAGGAGAUCCUUGAAGUUAGAGACCUCUUAUAAAAAAAACAUGGCUUUAUUUGUUUUGUUGCAGAGCAGAGGCCAAUGCAAAAUACUGUUAUUGAAACUGAGAAUGUAGCUCUGAAGUUAUACACAAAUAAUAAGCUAUCAGUGGGGAGUGGAAUAAUUAUCACAAAACUAUCAACAGUGAAAUAAAUAAUAUUUGGAGGAAAAAACUAGAGUGUUAGCUGUUUGUCAGUGCUGAGCCAAGUUUUUUUCCAAUGAAUACUUCAGAGUUAUUGCCAAAUAAUAUAAACUGCUCUCCCCCCCAAAAAAAUCAUACCUACAUGGGAGUAUAUGUCAGCGUGAAUUUCUGAUGAGCACCAAAUGCAACUCCAACUGUUACCAAGUCCCUCAGCUGCCUCAGAGAACAGAUUGAAAUUGUUCAGAAAUGCUAUUAAUGGCACAUUUUUUAAUGUUCUAGCCUUCAUCUCUUCUUGCCGUUUUAUUUACUUGCACAGUAGCAGAAGAAUAACACUUUUGCAUGGUCAGCCAAAGGAGAAGCAGGGUUUUUUUUAACUUUGUACCUUCUGAGGUCUCACAUGGGGUAAGGUUCAUGCUGCAAAACUGCACUGAAAAUUGAAACGCUGUCCUGCAGAAGGCAGAGCACAAAGUACAGAGGGGACAGCAGCUGCCUUCUGUCCCACAGACCCAGGCAUCUAGUCCUGCAGGAAUACAAGGCUUUCGGGAGAGCCACCCUCUUUCUCUCCCACAUGGUUUUAAGAUGCACUGGGAAGACAUAUUUUUGGAUGUUGAUGUACGCAUGCCAGUGCUUCGCAGUGUUGUUCAUUCCUACGACACAUGAGAAUUCUGACUGACUUACCAGCAUGCUUUAUAUCAGAGAAAAAAGGAGAGGAAAACACAGAAGAACCCUAGCACCUUGAAAGCUGAAUCCGUUUUGGGUAUUUCAAGUUUUAUUUUCCUGUCAUACAAAAAUGCUUUUUCUCUCUGUCAUCUCCCUGCAUAGAGAAGGUCAAAUGAGCCUUUUCCACACCUUCCUGAAUUGUGAAGAUCUCUUAAUACCCUCAUUUGUACUUCUAGAGGUGGCAGGUUAGGUACUCUCUUCAUUGCAGAAGAGACAUAAAAUGGUAAGUGGAUGUUUUAAGGUCAGUAAGAUGACAAGGGUCAUAGACAUAAAUAGCAAAAGCAACACCUAUUUGUGCAGCUUCAUUAAUGGACUUUAAAUACACUUUAUAGUAGUUAUUAAUGGAGUUUGGGUUUGAAGCACAGUCAGAUAAUGCCAGAAUGAUUUCUGUUGGAAGGGAGCUCUGGACCUCACCUGGUCCAAGUCCUCAGUUAAAACAGUGCCAGCUUCAAAAGCGCAUUUGGUUGCUCAGGGCUUGUCCAGUGACAUUUUGAAUCAGUACACAGAUGGGUAUUUCACAGCCUCUGGGCCCCUCUCCAGUGUUUGGCCAUCCUUGCUGCAAAGAAUUUUUUUUUCCUUAGCUCUUAAUAUAAUUUCCCUCACUGCAGAUUGUACCUAUUCCCUCUUUUUCUUUAGCUGUGUACCUCUGGAAGAAAAGUCUAGCUGCUACCUACUCUUCAACUACCCAUUAGAUAAUUGAAGACAGCAUUAAGAUCUUCCCUUUGCCUCCUCUUCUCCAGGCAGAACAAAACCCUGCUCUCUCGCUCAUGUGUCAGGUGCUCUAGCCCCCCAGUGAUCUCACUGACACUCCAAUGAAUUAAAGCCAGUUUAUCAAUGUCUUUUUUGUAUAACUGUACCAACUUCUGACAAUAUAUGAAUGGUGCAAAAUAAAAGUUGUUAUUACUUUAUUAUUUCCCUUCUUAAUCAACUUAAUGGCAAGGAUAUUCAGCAAAUUUCUGGGUUGCUUGCUAUCAUGCAUCCAGUGAAUUAAAAUGACAUAUUAACCUAGCCCGUAUUUCACU